UUUUUGGUUUUUGUUUUUAUACGGUGAAGCAUUGAAAAACCAUAGGUGUAUCAAAACGGCCGCUUCUCCUCACUUCAGGAAGCUUGUAGGCCGAGCAGCCUCCGAGGCCAUGGCAGUAGUGAGCUUCUCCACCCAGACCGCCACCCCUGUCAAACGUUCCUCUUUUGCCCCUAAUAGAUACUUCUGGCUUUGCCCUCGCUCUUUCUCUACUUCUCACUCCUUUUGGUUUUCCUGCUCGCCAAAAGCCUGUCACAGGGGAGAAGAUUGCAAAACCCUGAGUGCGGAUAAUGCCUUAUCUAGCUUAUCCAUACUUGGUGAUUCCUGUCAGAUUAAACGUACACUAAGGCAUGAAAUAAAACCCUUCUCUUCUGGAAUUGCACAGAGAAUUGAGGAAGAUUAUGUGGCAGCCCGCUCUGCUUGGGGAGCUGAGGCCGAAGCAAUUAGACAAGACAGAAGACGCAAUGGUAGUUUCAAUAAUGUUGCCUAUUUUGAUGAAUACAGGUACAUUGACAGUAGUAAUAACAGUGCUAAAGAUAAAAGGUAUGGUGUAAUUAGGAAUGCAAAGGGAAGUCUGAUACUUGAACAUGCCACUUAUGGACCCAAACCACAUUAUAACUCUAGUAGCGGACAGCAGAAAGCUCCUAAAAUUGUACAAUUUAGACACCAUCUUCCACAAUCAUCAGUACAUGUGAGCCAACCAAGAAGCAAUGAACUGAGGUCAAUCGAUAGGGUUGGUGGUUCAACAUUAUCUCUAGAUCACCUUUUGCCAAAUGAUACUCAACCUAUUGGGUUAUUGCCAAACAAAACCAAUGAAAAGAAGGCUGAGAAAACUUUUAAGCUAGAUGACGACAUUCCAAUUAAGCAAAUGGAAAGGGAUGUUUCUGAUUUUGUUGAAAGUAGUACUCUGAACCAGACUAAGCUUGCAAAAUGUACUGCCCCAGAAAAGAGUAUUACCCAGGACAACAUCCGUGAGAGGCUGGAGUCCAUCUAUGACAAAGUUUUCAUAGUUGACAACAUCUCAGUGGCCAAGGAAGUAGUCAGUAAGCUUACAAAUGAUUUCAGGGAUUUCAUCCAUGCAUGUGAUACAGAGGUAGCCAAGAUUAAUGUUAAGCAAGAAACACCAGUUGGUCAUGGAGAAAUUACAUGCUUCAGCAUUUAUUCUGGACCUGAUGCUGAUUUUGGAAAUGGAAAAUCUUGUGUCUGGGUAGAUGUCCUUGAUGGUGGUGGGAAGGAUAUUUUAGUAGAAUUCGCUCCAUUUUUUGAAGACCCAUCAAUUAAAAAGGUAUGGCACAACUAUAGCUUUGAUUGCCACAUCAUAGAGAACUAUGGAUUUAAAGUUUCUGGGUUUCAUGCUGAUACAAUGCACAUGGCUCGAUUAUGGGAUUCCUCUAGACGAACAGAGGGAGGCUAUUCCCUUGAGGCACUUACAGGUGAUCACUUUGUCAUGUGUGAUGCAAGAGUGUCCCCUGGUGAAGAGCUGUUAGGUAAAGUGUCAAUGAAAACUAUAUUUGGCAGAAAAAAGCUGAAGAAAGAUGGGACAGAGGGUAAAGUAGACAUCAUUCCUUCUGUUGAAGAGCUGCAAAGAGUGGAGCGCAAAUCAUGGAUUUGUUACUCAGCCUUAGAUUCCAUAAGCACGUUGAUGCUUUAUGAAAGUUUGAAAACUAAACUCACUAACAGGGUCUGGAAGCUUGAUGGAUUUUAUAAAGGGAACAUGCUUAACUUUUAUGAGAGAUACUGGCUUCCAUUUGGUGAGCUUCUAGUUCAUAUGGAAACUGAGGGCAUGCUGGUUGAUCGUGCCUAUCUUGCUGAGUUGGAGAAAGUGGCUAAAGCGGAGCAGGAGAUUGCUUCUAACAGGUUUCGCAACUGGGCAUCUAAGCACUGCCCUGAUGCAAAAUACAUGAAUGUGGGUAGUGAUGCACAGCUGCGUCAGCUCUUUUUUGGGGGCACUCUGAACAGAAAGGACCCUAAUGAGAGUCUUGAAAAUAAGAGGGAUUUCAAAGUUCCCAACGUUGAGAAUAUAAUUGAAGAAGGCAAGAAGGCUCCAUCAAAAUUUCGUAAGAUCACUCUUCAUAAGAUUGGUGACCGCAUCGAGACUGAUUUGUACACUGCUAGUGGCUGGCCAUCUGUUAGUGGAGAUGCUUUAAAGGCUCUUGCUGGGAAAAUUUCUGCUGAUUUUGAAAUCAUUAGUGAAGCAGAUGACAAUGUGGAAGAAGUGUCUGCUUCAAGCUCUGAUGAGCCGUCUGUGGCUAAUAAUGAAGCACCCUGUACAGAGCCAGAGGCUUCAGGGUAUGGAACAGCUUACAAGGCAUUUGGGGGUGGAAAAGUAGGAAUUGAGGCCUGUCAUGCCAUUGCCUCUUUAUGUGAAAUUUGCUCUAUAGACUCUCUAAUUUCAAACUUCAUCCUUCCUUUGCAGGGCGGUGAGAUAUCAGGCAAGAAUGGACGCAUCCAUUGUUCACUUAAUAUAAAUACUGAAACUGGGCGCUUGUCAGCAAGGAGGCCAAAUUUGCAGAACCAGCCUGCUUUAGAAAAAGACAGGUAUAAAAUUCGUCAGGCAUUCAUCGCUGCACCUGGGAAUUCCUUAAUUGUUGCUGAUUAUGGGCAGUUGGAACUUAGGAUUCUUGCACACCUUGCAAAUUGUAAGAGCAUGCUGGCUGCCUUUGAAGCUGGUGGAGACUUUCAUUCAAGGACUGCUUUAAACAUGUAUCCACACAUACGAGAAGCAAUUGAACAAAAGCGUGUUCUCCUAGAGUGGGACCCUCAGCCUGGUGAAGACAAGCCACCAGUUCCUUUAUUAAAGGAUGCUUUUGCCUCUGAAAGAAGGAAAGCGAAGAUGCUUAAUUUUUCCAUUGCAUAUGGAAAAACUACAGUGGGGCUUGCUCGGGAUUGGAAGGUAUCUGUGAAGGAAGCCAAAGAAACAGUUGAUCGCUGGUAUAGUGACAGAAAGGAAGUAUUAUCUUGGCAAGAACAACGUAAAUCUGAAGCACAUCAAUUUGGAUGUGUUUACACACUCUUAGGACGAGCACGCUGGUUCCCUUCACUGAAAAAAGCAAGCAGCUUUCUGAAAGGCCACAUUGAACGAGCUGCCAUCAAUACUCCAGUGCAGGGAAGUGCUGCAGAUGUUGCAAUGUGCGCCAUGCUCGAAAUAUCAAAGAACCCACGAUUAAAGGAGCUUGGCUGGAAAUUGCUUUUACAGGUUCACGAUGAAGUAAUUCUUGAAGGGCCAACAGAGUCAGCCGAGGAAGCCAAGGCUAUUGUAGUUCACUGCAUGUCCAAUCCGUUUGAUGGGAAGAAUUUUCUGAGAGUUGGGCUAUCAGUUGAUGCGAAAUGUGCUCAAAACUGGUAUUCUGCCAAGUAGAGAACAGAUUUGGUUAUCAUAACAUGAACAGGGAGAUCUUUUACUAACCUCUCUCCUUCCUUCACACUCCUAAGUGCAUUGAAAGGUCCCUUUUGGUAUUAGCUUCUCAAAUUCCUGGCGUUUUUCCCAUGUAACCACGACGAGGUGUGCCAGCAAAUGGUGAUGUAUAUAUAUGUAUGAUAGAGGGAAUGUAAAACAUGAAUUUAUGUGAUAUGCUGUAAUCUUUAAUCUUCAUCAGGGUUAUUAUAAACAUUUGGUUAUAAGGUUAAAGUAGAUUUUGGUCCCUUUUGCACUUCAACAUUGCUAUUUAGUAGCAAAAAUCAUUGUCUA